UACAUACAUUCGGAAUGAAUACUUUUUUCUCUUUCAUAUACAAAAUAUACCGAUUUUCUAAGUCCAAUGACUUAAAAUAAGUUCCCUGUCCCUGCGCUCGCCUCUGGAACUGAGAACCUGAACCAGAACCGGAACCAGCGGCAACGACGUCAACAACCCCCACACUCUCUCUGUCUCAGGGACUUGUUCGGAAAGAGGGGGGAUCUGGGGUUUUGGGUUUUGAUUUGAUUGAGAUCAAUGGCAGCUUUCCUGCCUCCUGGGGCACCUAGGCCCAGGAGUGGUAACGAUAACCCAUCACAACCUCCACCCCCUAAUUACAACCCUAACUUGAAUCCCAAUUCACUAGCAGAUAAUUUGAAUAAUCUGAAUCUCAAUCGGCCGCCUUCGAUGCCGAGUUCGGCCCCCAGGGCUUCCCCUUUUGGUCAACCACCUCAUUUCCCUUCACCAGCCUCUCUGCCUGGGGUUUCUGUUGGGUCCUCACCAUUCUCUCGGCCUGGUCCUCCACCCGGUGCACUUUCAAGACCUGCAGUUCCUCCAACAGGACCCCCACAGUCAACAUUGUCACCUAAUGUGCCCCCACCAGCAAGAUCCAUGGGGCCACCCACUGGCCAGCCAUCAUUUAUUGGGUCCAGAACCCCUCCUGGGUAUUUUCCAUCGUCGGGUGGCACUAAUGUACCACCCACUUAUGUGGCACCGCCUCCUGGUGCUUUCCCAUCUUCUGGUUUUCCAAGCCGUCCGGUUGGUUCAGCACCACCACCAGGUACUCGCCCAAGCACAGCCUCUCCUCCUUUGACAACUGGUCCGGCUUUGCCUCAUUCAAGUGCACCGAGUGGUUAUGUGACUAAUGGGCCACCAGCAUUCAUGUCGGGGGCUUCGCCUGGUGGGCCACGCUUUCCUCCAGCUGGCAGUGCACCACCACCACCCAUUGGUCAUCCGCUGACAUUGGGAUCGGCUGGGGCAGCUCCUCAGGCUCAAAGCAUGCGUUCUUUUCUGGCAAGUCCAGCGGUUGUAGCUCCACCAGGUCCUCCUGCACAACCAGCAUCACCAUUUUCAGCACCUCCACAAGGUGUACCACCGCCUCCAGGUUCUUAUGGGCCGCCAACAUGGCCAGUGCAGCCUGGGCAAGUGGGUCCAUCUCAACCACUAUCUGGUUCAGUACAACCACCUAGGAUGUUUGGAAUGCCACCACCACCUCUACCAAAUCAAUCUAUGACUGCUAUACCUGCACUGAGUCAAACUGGAGCCCCGGUGUCAGGGACAUCGAAGAUUGAUCCCAAUCAAAUUCCACGGCCCAUUCCAAGUUCCUCUUCUAUCUUGUAUGAAACUCGUCAGGGCAAUCAGGCCAAUCCUCCUCCGCCUGCUACUAGCGAUUACAUUGUCAGAGACACAGGAAAUUGCAGUCCUCGCUACAUGAGGUCCACCAUUAGUCAGAUUCCAUGUACUGCUGACCUUUUGACAACAUCAGGGAUGCAGUUAGCCUUGUUGAUCCAACCUUUGGCCCUUCCGCAUCCAUCUGAGGAGCCUAUACAAGUUGUAGAUUUUGCGGAUAUUGGUCCUGUUCGAUGUUCUCGCUGCAAAGCCUACAUCAAUCCUUUCAUGAAGUUCAUCGAUCAGGGAAGGCGGUUCAUCUGUAACAUUUGUGGAUAUACUGAUGAGACUCCCCGUGACUACCACUGCAACCUGGGUCCAGAUGGUAGGCGUAGGGAUGCUGAUGAAAGGCCUGAGCUAUGCAGAGGAACAGUUGAAUUUGUUGCUACCAAGGAAUACAUGGUGCGUGAUCCCAUGCCGGCUGUUUAUUUCUUCCUCAUCGAUGUAUCCAUGAAUGCAAUACAAACUGGGGCAACUGCAGCAGCAUGCAGUGCAAUCAGUCAAGUUAUUUCUGAUCUUCCAGAAGGUCCUCGGACAAUGGUUGGAAUUGCUACAUUUGACUCCACCAUCCAUUUUUACAAUUUGAAACGUGCCCUGCAACAGCCACUAAUGCUCAUUGUUCCGGAUGUCCAAGAUGUUUAUACUCCUCUGCAGACUGAUGUUGUUGUUCAGCUCUCUGAGUGCCGCCAACAUUUAGAGCUAUUGCUGGAAAGCAUUCCAAACAUGUUUCAGAACAACAGAACUGCUGAAUCAGCCUUUGGUGCUGCAGUCCAGGCUGCUUUUUUGGCAAUAAAGAGUAGCGGAGGAAAACUGCUGGUAUUUCAAUCGGUCUUGCCGUCAACUGGCGUUGGAUCACUUUCUGCUAGAGAGGCUGAAGGGCGAACUAAUAUUUCUGCAGGGGAGAAGGAGGCCCACAAAUUACUCCAACCGGUAGACAAAACUUUAAAGACGAUGGCAAUUGAAUUUGCUGAGUAUCAGGUGUGUGUUGAUAUUUUUGUUACUACCCAGACUUACAUAGACAUUGCUUCCAUCUCUGUCAUACCAAGAACUACUGGAGGACAGGUUUAUUAUUAUUACCCGUUCUCAGCUCUUUCUGAUCCUGCAAAGCUUUACAACGAUCUUAGAUGGAAUAUAACCAGGCCUCAAGGUUUUGAGGCAGUGAUGCGUGUGAGAUGCAGUCAGGGUAUUCAAGUUCAAGACUACCAUGGAAACUUUUGCAAACGCAUACCAACAGAUGUUGACCUACCUGGGAUUGACUGUGACAAAACUAUAAUGGUAAACUUAAAACAUGACGAUAAGUUGCAGGAUGGCUCAGAAUGCUCUUUCCAGUGCGCCCUUCUUUACACUACUGUGUAUGGCCAAAGAAGAAUUCGGGUUACAACUUUAUCCCUCCCUUGCACCAGUAUGCUAAGUAAUCUUUUCCGCUCAGCUGACUUGGACACUCAAUUUGCAUGUUUCUUGAAACAAGCGGCAAAUAAAAUUCCUUCCAGCCCACUCUUGCAAGUCCGGGAACAAGUGACAAAUCUUUGCAUCAACGUUCUUCUUUCUUAUCGUAAAUUUUGUGCGACAGUAACAUCGUCCGGGCAGCUUAUCCUUCCUGAGGCACUUAAGCUCCUGCCUCUAUACACCCUUGCAUUAUUGAAAAGCAUAGGACUGCGAAAUGAUGGGAGAAUAGAUGAUCGGUCUAUUUGGAUCGAGUGCGUUUCCUACCUUUCUACCCCUUUGGCAAUUCCACUGGUAUAUCCCAGGAUGGUGGCGAUCCAUGACCUUAAGCAAAAGGAUGAAAAUGAAUGUCUUGUUUCUCCGGUGAUUCCACUUUCAAGUGAGCAUGUUACUGAUGAUGGAAUUUAUCUUCUUGAGAAUGGCGUGGACUGUUUGAUAUAUAUUGGGAACUCAGUGGAUUCAAAUAUCUUGCAAUUACUGUUUGGCAUCUCCUCAGCUGAAGAAAUUCCUACUCAGUUUGUGCUGCAGCAAUUUGACAAUCCACUUUCACGGAAGGUAAAUGAUUUAGUAAAUGAGAUACGGCGACAAAGAUGUUCCUACCUCCGCAUAAAAUUGUGCAAGAAAGGAGAUCCAUCAGGAGCAUUGUUCUUUUCUCAUUUGGUAGAAGAUAAGAAUCCAAGUGGCCCCUCCUAUGUCGAGUUUCUAGUCUAUGUCCACCGGGAAAUCCAAAUGAAAAUGUCAUCUUGAUCAUGUCCAUGCUUCUUCGGUCCGAUAAAUAAAAUCUAGUCACCUCCAGCCAUGGCGCUCUUGAAAUUCAAAGAAAACAGGAACUCAGAUUUUGUCAUUUUAUAUGCAGUCAUCAGCCACCCCUGCGUGUUGUCAAUUUUUUACGAAGUAAGCUGAGCUGAGUUUUGCUAGAUGAGGUUUGGUGUAGGCAAUAUUGUUGAGUGGACAUUGUUGUAGUGAAUACAAAGCUUACAGUUCUGUUAUGUAUUAAGAUGGUUGCUGCCCAUCCCCGACACCCCUUCCCAACCCCGGGAAGGGGAAUAGAGAAUGUAUGAACAAUUUUGUUAUUGCCAUUGAUAACUUGUAUCUCGUUCGAUGCAACAUUUUGGGGUCAUUUGAAGUUGAA